UCGAAAAAUUUCAACCCACCCCGCCCUUCGUUCUUUUUACCCCCAAAUUCCAAAACUAAUAAUUCAUUCAGAUCUCCCCCCAAACAUAAAACCCCCCAAAAAAUUGUGGUUUUCUAAACUCUUUCACUACUUUUUCAGAUUCAACCCAACUGAAAUUCAAAUCAAAAUCAAAAUCAAAAAAAUAUUUCAACUCAAUCAAACUCUUUAUUAUACUCGUAGUAUAUUUCACUUGUACUACUUCUACUGCUCACUCUCACUUUCCCCCAACCAAAAUCAUAAAUAUUUUUUAUUUGUUUCAAUCUUUAAAGUUAGGGUUUUUUUUUCAAUUAAUUGUUUUAUUUCAUCUGUAUCUGUGUUUAUUUCUAUACAAAAAACAUCAAUUGAUUAUCAAUUUUUGUUUGAAUUUUAAUGGCGUCCGAAAUUGAAACCCUAGAAACCAAGAAACAAGGCGACGUCGUUUCGCCUGUUGAAACAGAAGCUGAAUUGCCGGAAGCUAAAGAAGAUCAAGUUGCUGAUAAAGAAGAAGAUACUAAAGAAGGAUCUAGUAAAAGAGCGAGGGCCAAAAAAGGCGAAACAAGUAGCGCCAAGAAAGCUAGAACCGGGUCGGGUAGCCCGGUUACGCCGAUUGAUAGGCCUACUAGAGAGAGGAAGACUGUUGAAAGAUACACCGAGUCCGCGGGCAGGCUUCCUGCUCCUAAACCUUUUUCUGUUGAAAAGGGUUCAGGGACUCAGCUCAAAGAGAUUCCAAAUGUGGCAUACAAGCUGUCUAAGAGAAAACCUGAUGAUAGUUUGCAUGCACUGCAUACAGUUCUUUUUAAUAAACGAGGCAAGGUGAACACUUUAAAGAAGAACAUUGGCAUGUUUUCUGGUUUUGUCUGGGCUGAUGAUGAGCAGGGAAAACAAAAGACAAAGGUGAAAGAAAGACUCGACAAACUCACGAAGGAAAAGCUAUUUGACUUUUGUGAUAUUUUAAAUCUUCAAAUUCACAAAUCUCAACUCAAGAAGGAGGAAGUUUCGGUAAAAUUGUUAGAGUUUUUACAAUCUCCGCAUGCCACAACAGAAGUUUUGCUUGCUGAACAAGAACAGAAAGGCAAAAAGCAAAAGGCCAAGUCAAAAAGGAGCCGAACCCCAUCCAAGAAACAUUCUGGAGAGAAACGUAAGCGGUCAUCUAAAACUCAAGAAGAAACCAAUGUAGAUGUAAACGAAGGUUCAGAGAAUUUAGAUGAUUCCCAGGAGGAAGACGACGAUAACACACCCUCAAAACCAGAAAGUGUUGAGGAAGAAGAUAAGUCGGAUGAUGGUGGUGAUGAUGAAGAGCUGGGAGAAGAGGGAGAUGAACCAGAAAAGGCUUCUUCAAAAAAGAGUGUCAGGAACUCUGGAAAGAAAACUGAAGGUAAAUUUAAAGCUGUUAAAAAAGAUGAUCUACAGGAAGUGGAAGAAAGUGAACCAGAAAAGACUUCCAUGAAGAGUGCUAAUAAGGAUUCCGGAAAUAAAACUGUAGAGAAAUCUAAAGCAGUUAAGAAAGCUGAUGUGAAAUCACCCACCAAGUCAAAUAAAAAGUCAUCUACUCCAGCUUCCAAGAAAGGUGCCAAUGCUUCUGGAUCUAAGGUAUCAUCAGCCAAGGAAGAAAAAAGCAGCUCAAAGAUGGACACUAAAGGGUCUGCACAGAAAGAGUCUGCAGAAGAUCAAGGCAAGGAAAAAACCAACAAGAAAGAAAAGGCAGAGCCGACUAAUAAAGAGAUUUAUGCAGUUGUUUUUGGCAUCUUGAAGGAAGUUGAUUAUAAUACUGCAACAUUGGGCGAUAUCAUUAAACAACUUGGUACCCAUUUUGGUCAGGAUCUAAUGCACAGAAAGGCUGAGGUGAAGGCCAUAAUAACUGAUGCCGGUGAGAAAAUAGCGGCAGAGCCGACUAAUAAAGAGCUGCAUGCAGUUGCUGUUGGCAUCUUGAAGGAAGUUGAUUUCAAUACUGCAACAUUGUCUGAUAUCAUUAAACAACUUGGUACCCAUUUUGGUCUGGAUCUAAUGCACAGAAAGGAUGAGGUGAAGGCCAUAAUAACUGAAGUGAUCAAUAAUAUGUCUGGUGAGGAAGAUGAGGAGGAAGAAGAAAAAGAAGCAGACGGUGGCAGUGGUGCAGACAAGGAUGAUGGUGACAAGAAUGAUUCAUAGUAGGCAAAUGAUAUAGGUGUUAUCUAUAACAGUUAGAUAAACAUAUCUGACAAUGAAGAUAAUGAGGAAGUUGUUACCAGAAGUAAUCAUUGUACAGGUAUUUCUGUGCAGGAUAUACUAAGUUGCUCUUCUAAUGUGUUUUAAUAACUUUGACUUGCAUUAUUUGUACCAUAGGUCAUUAGGAAACUUUGUUUUUCUUGGGCAUUUUCUCAGUUUUUUUAGGUUGUCUUGACAUUUGUUAGCUAUAAAUUUUCUGCUGUAUUUUAUGAUUGGGUUUUUAGCUGUAGUACUAAAAACUUUGCAGAGUUUGUAUGGCUUUAAAUUGAAGCAUGCGAGCCAAUUAGUUGAUGUACUUGCACCAAAUAACUUCGAAAAUAAUAAUCCCUUGUUGAUGUAA